UGGGAUCCGAUCUCUCCCUAAGAACACGCGCAUUUCAUUUAGUCCAAAACAUUGGCGCCACGUGUCCCUCGCGGUCUCGGUCUGGAAAUAGCACGAUAAAACCACGAAGUAGGCUCCCUCCCUUUAGACGCCACCACGCUGCGAUUCUUCAAAAGCCAUUCCCCCUCUUCUCUGGAGUAGGGUUCUUACGAAACUCCGCGAAGGCGUCGAGCGAAUCAAACGCAUUUGGAACAAGGUGUUGCUGCCAUGCGGAAUCGAAGGGAUCCCAACAAACUUUGCCAAUGUGUCUCAGUUCUUGGGUGAACGGAACAAUUCUUGGAUGCAGUCCAGGGAGAUAACGGAUAUGAAGGGUGCAAGUGCUAUCUCUGUUAUAGAAGUUAACCAAUUACCUACAGAGAUUGAUCCUUCACAUGCUCAGCCAUUGCAACCUGGUGACACAGCUCUGAACUCUGGCUUGACACAAAGUCAAAUUUAUAAUCUGCAGCUACUUGAAGCUGCAUACCACAAACUUCCCCAUCCUAGAGACUCAGAAUUUUCUUGCCCAAGGAGAUAUGUUCCUAGGCUUCCCGUAGUUACUCCGGCAAGUUAUCCACAAACAAAGGCAACGAUAGUUGAUGAUCCUGACUUUUGGAAACAAUUAUCACUUUUUCCAUAUAAUACUGAAGUUAUGUUUUUUGCAUUUUAUUUUCAACAGAAAACCUAUCAGCAGUAUUUAGCUGCCAGAGAAUUAAAGAGGCAACAAUGGCGAUACCAUAUUGAAUCUAACCUAUGGUUUCGACAGCUCAAUCAGUCAGGAAUUGUAAAUAACAACUUUGAGAGAGGGAACUAUGAAUUCUUUGAUUUCAAUAUUGCGAAUGAUAACUCUCGGACUGGAUGCAGAUAGGACUGGAUUGAAAGUUUCUACCAGAAUAUCUUUACAUAUCAAGUGACAUUUAUUGCAUAAUUACUUGGACAAAGGUGUUUAAGUUGGUCCUUGAUGAAUUAAUGUGAUAGACAGAGAUUAACUUUCUAGCGCGGAAUUAUUAGAAGUUUUUUAUUGGGUUGAUUAUUAUUAUUUAUUUUUUUAUUUUUUUAUUUUUUAUUUUUUAUUUUUUAUUUUUUUUAUUAUUUUUUUUCAGUAUGUUUAAUUUCCUGGCUAACAGUAGUUGAAUGAUUGCAGGCGGCGUAGAAAUGCAACUGAUUUACCUUUUGAUUUUGAGUAUGGAUUUCUCGAGGAUGAUGAACCUGUGCCAUAGAGUUCCAGAAGACAGUUAAUCAGGUCAAAUUCCAAGUUUUGUAGAAAAGUAAAGUAUUACACUUUUCUUCGUCAGUCAGAAGAUCCAUCUGAGAAAAAAAUUAUAGUGAUUCCACAAAUUGUGAUAAAAAUACUCGCUUUUCAAUUCAAACUCAUGUUAUGCUAUAGCUAUUUUUUUUCCCUUCAAACACUUCAAUGACAAUAGUUUGAACUAUAUCAUCA